AAGCUUAAUUCCCUUACUUAAAUUUUCGUAGUUACAAAACCUUUAUUGGGCUGUUUAAAACUCAUUAUAUAUUUAAGUGUCUGUCACAAACUAAAUUUUAGGCCCGUAUAUUACUGGGACUUGUUUAAGAGAGCCCAAUAAGCUACUGAUUAGUAAGUGUAUGUGUGGAUGAUGGUUCUCCACCACCUCGAUAAAAGGAGAGCCGUAACUCAAAAUUCGCACAAGAGAUCCUGAGUUAUGAUGUGGACCGUGAAACCGGCGCCGAUGCCGGUUCAAUUUUCCAGGGGACUAACCGGUUCAAUCUCCGUCGGCCAUUCACAUCCUCCGCCCCGUAAUGACGACGGGUUUCACCGUCGUAACAUCCCGAGGAAAUCACAAACAUCUGAGUCAGUAUCUGUCGGCGGUUUAGGCCAACGAAUCCUCCUCCGGUCCGGAGAAUCGAACCCGAACCCGAACAAACCGGUUCCAGACGAGAAGGAGAUUAGUGGAUCAGAAGUGCUCUUGGCGAUUCAGAGAGCGACGGCUCAGAGGAAGAGAUCGAACGCCGAUAAAAAGAAGAAGACGAAGAUAGGAGGUGUGGAGCUGUCAUCCACUGCGGGAGAGUCCACCGGAGAUAACGGUGUUGACUACAGUAACGUGAGGUCUUUAAUGAUCAAGAACGAUUGGGGACACAGGUUAGACGAGUUCGAGAAGCUUCUCAAAGAGUUUCAAGACAUGGAACUUUGACAUUGACCUACAAAUAUUCACUUGUAAUAUUUCUUCGACGAUAGUCUUGUAAAACAGUUAUUGUAUGACCAAUCUAAUCACAACGAAGUUAUUUUACAGGACA